AUGGGUGCUGCAUCGAUCAAACAAAGCAGCAAAGUUCAUCCAACGAACACUCAAGACCCGGUUACUGAACAGCAUGUUCAAGAUGUUAAUCUUAUUUGGGUGGGUGCAUUACUUAAUAACAGUAACGAAGUCAUAAUGCGUGAAAAUUUGCAAACUGUUAAUCACUAUGUUCAACUCAUUCCUGAUAUCGAUGCUUUUCGAGCACAUCUGCCGGAAGAAAAAGCUGAAAAGAUUUUUGUGGUAAUUAAUGGCACACUGGCGAAAGACUUCAUCGACAAGUUUCAUGACAAUUCGCUCAUUGAUUCUAUCUUUAUCUUUGAUAAUCAUCCCACUUCAGAAAGCCAAGAAGUUUAUGAAGGACUUCAGCUAAGUUUUGUCAAAGUAGCUUCAUUUACGGAAUUCAAUGCCAUGAAGCUUCAUAUUGCAACGAGCAUAAAAGAGUUACUUCAACAAACUGUUGCCUUUGGUAUGUUUGAUGAUAAACAAAAGUUAGCUAGAGAUCUUAACCGUGAUGCUGCAUCCUUCUUAUGGUUUCAAAUGCUUCUUGAUGUGCUGAAAGGUAUUCCACAAGAGAAUAAAGAGAAACGCAUAAUGCUUGAUAUGUGCCGUCGUAUAUACCACGAUAACUCAAAGGAGAUGAAGCUCAUUCGAGAAUUUGAUAAAGACUAUAAAUCAACAACAGCUGUGUGGUGGUACACACGAGAAUGCUUUCUCUAUCGUUUAGUUAACAAGGCACUGCGCCAAGAAGAUAUCCGCUUCCUACAAGUCUAUCGCUUUUUCAUCGUCGAUUUAUGUAAUCAACUUGAGCAAGAACAUCGGAAGCGUGUUGAAAACGAUUCCGAUGAUAAAGACAAGAUUAUCGAUCUCUAUCGCGGCCAACAGAUGACAAAAGCUGAGAAAGAUAAGUUAAAAUCGAAUCUUAACUCUUUAAUUUCAACGAACGGCUUCUUUUCGACAUCACAAAACAUAGAAACGGCCAUUACCUUUGCGAAAAGACGAGGCACGGGACGUUCCGACAUCGUACCUGUAGUCUUUCAUAUUAAAGCCAAAUCCAACUUGGAGUCAGUCAUCUUCGCCGACAUCGCCAACCUUGGUGCAAUGCCUGGUGAAGCUGAGUAUUUAUUUAGCAUUGGGGCUGUUUUUCACAUCGAUGAAAUAAAGCAUGACAGCGAAGAAAGAAUUUGGCGAGUAACAAUGACCGCAACUGAUAAAGGAGCAAAAAGUCGAAAAGAGUAUAUUGAAAAGACAAAAUUGGAUAUGGAGGAAACUAGUGAAGAUGUCUUAUUCGGUCGGCUAUUAAUUGACAUGAGUCAAUAUGAAGAUGCAGAAUCUUACUAUCAGUCAAUGUUGUCAACUAUUUCGUCAAAUCAUGUCGAUCAUGCUGCCAUUUAUCACAAUCUAGGCCGGGCCAAAGGAUACAAAGGUGAUCUAAAUGGCGCACAGGAGAGUUUCCUUCUCGCUCUACGAGAUCGUCAGCACAUAGAUGAAAAACAUCCAAAUGUUGCACGUACUCUGAAUAGUAUAGGCAUCAUAUAUGGUGAGCAAGGAAAAUAUACAAAAGCGAUGAACACGUUCAAGGAUGCUUUAGAAAUUCAAGAGCUUUACUCAUCAUCCUUAAACGGCAGUAAUAAACCGCAGAAACGAAGCAUUUCAUUGAAUAUGGCUAUAACAUACAGUAAUAUGGGGUGGGUUUAUUAUUUAUGUGGUGAAUUUGAAAAAGCGAAAAAGGCACAUUGCAAGGCUCUUGAUAUUCGGAAACAGUAUUUAACUGACGAACAUCCACUCAUUGCGGAUUACUAUAGUUCCAUCGGUAGUAUUGAGCAUGCUCAAGGUUUAUAUAAAGAGGCGCUUGCAAACUACACAACAUCGCUUAAUAUGCGGCGCAAAACGCUUCCACAGAAUCAUCCAUCAAUUGCCAAUAGCUAUCAGUUACUUGGUGAACUGGGACACGACAACGGAAAAUAUGAUAAAGCUCUUGCUCAAUACAAAAUAGUGGAAGAAAUGCGUAUUGCCUCGUUUGGUGUUGAUCAUUCAUCAUUGGCUAGUAUUUACAAAUCAAUCGGUAGUGUUCAUCUCGAUUGCGGACAGUAUCAAACAGCACUUGACAACUAUAACCACGCACUUUCGAUCUGUAAGAAGACACUGUCAGAAAUGCAUCCUGCAUUUGGCGAUUGUUAUCAUAUGUUAGGCAUGGUAUUCGAACGACAAGAAAAGUACGAUAUGGCUCUUCAAUCGUAUUCCAAGUCACGUGAUAAUUUCUCAAAAGUUUUGCCAAAAAACCAUCCCAUGAUCGCCAAAGUAGUGAGCUCAAUCGGCAAUGUACAAAUGCGCCAAAUGAAAUACGCUCAAGCUAUUCGCAUGUACGAGGAUGUCCUUAAGAUGCAAGAAGAAUGUCUGUCUAAUACACAGCAUCAUCCAGAUAUUGUUUUAACUCUCAAUAAUUUUGGCGUUGUUUAUAGCAUGAUGCGUGAUUUUCAGCAAUCUGAAACAUAUUUCACAAAGGCUCUAGACAUUUGCAAUCGUUGCUUUGCAUCUGACCAUCCGACCAAAGCACGGAUUUUUCAUAACAUGGGUGAUAUGUACAAGGCUAUGAGUCAUUUAGAAAAAGCACAUGCUAACUUCAUUCAAGCUUUCAACAUCAGAGAAAACACGCUAUCUGAUGAUCAUCUCAGCACAGCAGAUACUUGUUAUAAAUUGGGAUGGGUGUGCUCCGAACUUCGCGACUUUAACGACGCUCUCUUUUAUUUUAACAAAUGUUUGGGUAUUUACCAGUCCGUAGGGGCUCAAAGGAUGUCAGUCAUAGACGAUCGUGAUGUGAAACGUGUUACUACUAGUAUUCGGUUGGUUAAAAGAGAACUCGAGAUAGAAUAA